CGGCCCGGUGCCCUGCUCCCUCCCUCCUCCCCCUUCCCCUCGCUACGUUCUGGCCUGAAGCGGGCGCCGCGAUGGCUCCGGCCGCUGACCGGGAAGGCUACUGGGGCCUGCCGACCUCCACCUUGGAGUGGUGUGAGGAGAACUACGCCGUCUCCUACUACAUCGCCGAGUUCUGGAACACAGUGAGUAACCUGAUUUUCAUUCUACCUCCAGUCUAUGGUGCGAUUCAGACCUAUAAAGAUGGCCUUGAAAAACGAUACUUAGCUGCAUAUUUGUGUCUUACAGCUGUUGGAUUGGGAUCGUGGUGCUUCCACAUGACCCUGAAGUAUGAAAUGCAGCUGUUGGAUGAACUGCCAAUGAUAUACAGUUGUUGUGUGUUUGUCUACUGCCUAUAUGAAUGUUUCAAGUACAAGAACACGGUCAAUUAUCCACUGCUUUUCUUGUUAGUAACCUACAGCUUCAUAGUCAGCAUAGUUUACUUAAAUUUGAAAGAGCCUGUAUUCCACCAGAUCAUGUAUGGAACACUAGUUUCCAUCAUAGUUCUGCGAUCUGUUUAUAUAGUAUUAUGGGUAUACCCUUGGCUUAGAGGUCUGGGCUAUACAUCCUUAACUGUGUUUUUAAUGGGGUUUUUUCUCUGGAACGUGGACAACAUUUUCUGUGACAAAUUGAGAGCACUACGAGAGAAGAUGCCUCCUGUAGUGGGAGCUGUGACACAGUUUCAUGCAUGGUGGCAUAUUCUCACAGGCCUGGGCUCUUACCUUCAUAUCCUGCUAAGUUUAUACACAAGGACACUUUUCCUGAAACACAGGCCAAAAGUGAAGUUUGUGUUUGGAAUAUGGCCUGUUCUUCUUGUGGAACCACCCAAGAAGCUUUGACUGAGACCGAGGCAGUCACACACCCAUCACCCAGCCUGGCUGAAUAAAGCAACUCAACAGUUACUGUGGCUGAAGUGGCAAAACUAUGGAUCGACUCAAGUUCCAUUCCUAUAAAAGGACUUCUGUGUGUUAGCAGGCCAGAACAGAGCAAACAGUUGGCACACGAGGGAAAUAAUGUUUAGUACAGCUUUAUUCUUAAGUUGUUAAAACAAAAGAUGAAGACACAAUAUUUUUGUGUGUAUAUAUUGUACAGCUGAUGAUCCUGAGCUAAUAUUUCGUGCUGGUCACAGAAAACUAACCAUUUUUGAAGUGGAUUGCCUAUGUUUUUCAUUCAGUUGUUCUUUCUGUGGUUUAAACUAAUGUUAGUUAACUGAAUGACAGAAACAGGCCACUGAUGGCCAAGCUAAGCAUUUGUGUGGCCUAUAGUGAACUGAAUGCUUAACCUGAACUACUUUAACCUUGCACUUUGAUACCAUUAAUGAAGUAUAUGAUGAUUGAUUUAAGGCUUUAUUCUAUCUUGCUUUUCCACAGCCUCCUUUGCAAUUUAUAUUUUAAGCAAAACAGUUGGGAUACCUGUGCCAUUUUAGUUCCUUUUGUACCAUUUUAGCUCCUUUUGUACCAUUUUAGUUCCUUUUGUACCAAACUUCCAUUUUCCUCUGUAGUCCAGCUGAGGUGCAUCGUGGAGGAUGUUCCAAGGGUGGGACUGGCAGAAGACACUUAAGAUGGUGAAGCAUUUAUAAGGGUUCCUGUUUGUGUGUGGAAACUGAUUUCCCCAUUUGUUUGAGCAGUGAUCCAUCAGGAGGCUGCAGGGUGGUGACUGUAUAAAUACAUGAAACACUGAAGUUUUUUAUGAUGAUUAUUUACAUGCCUCCCUUUUCUGUCCCUACUUUUUACUCCUCAUGUCCCAUCCAUACUACAGAUUGACAAACACCUUAGGUGUGUGCUAGUUCACCUUUCAAGUCUUAAAUGUUGGUCUGACUUUCAGAAGCAUCUUCUUAUUCAGAAAUAGUGAAGAAAGGGUAAAGAACAAGAUUGAUCUUGAGGAUAGCCCAAAAGGUAAUUGGCAGCACUUUGGUUGCUUGCUCUUAACGUGUCCACAUCACACAGUAACUCUCUGGAACAUUGACCACCUCUACAAAAACCCCUCUGGUCUCUUGAUCUACCCAGCUAAUGAAAUGAAAAAACAAGCAUAAAAUAAACAUUUCACACAGGUUUUUCAAAUAUAUACCUCAUCUUGGAGGCUCUGGUUUUGACUCUUCAAAUCUUGGGACAACUAGCACACAUGGGACAACUUGAGUCUCCAUGCCAUGCUAUGCAAUUUUUGCCUGCUUUUGAUGCUCUGAGGGAUUUAUCCUUCUUGCCACGAAGGCAAAAGGGGAAAUGCUCAGACUGAUUGGAAAUCCCAUUCUGUAUUGAUUAAAAGUGUGCCCACAGCAGCAAGGCACAAUAAUGCAGCUAUAAAGCUGUCUCCCAGAGCACACAGUCCUGGCUAGUGGAAGCUUCUUUGCUCCAGCUGCUGAACAAGUCAGGCUGAAAUCUGUUGUACAAUCAACGCUGACUAAAACGAUCUCUUCCCUUUCACAUCUUUUUUACUUCCCUGUUUGUAGCUCAGCAGCAUCCUUCAUGUUCCAUCAGUAGCACUCCUACUGAUGUGAAUCUCCAAACAAAAUCCUGCCUUUUGUUAUCUGACUGACCCUGGACUCUUGGGAUUAAAUAGACUCAAACUCAAGGCUAGAGAAAGAUGUUUAACCUUGAGCGACUCUAGUGAGCUUUAAGCACGUGCUGAUGGCAGUGCAGUUCCACCUGCACCCAACAAACCACUACAAAGAUCCUUGAAAGGAAAUUUCCAACCAGGUUUGUUGUUCAGUGGGCUCCAGUUCCUUUAGACAAGGUCAGCAUCUGCACUGAGAGAUCUGAGUGACUUCAGACUGAAAGAUGUUGGAAUCAACUGGCAGAUAGAGGUAGUUCCUUCCCUUAUCCAAAAGGCCUGGGUUUUGUGAAGAGCUGUGAGAGCUGUUUUCAAAAUGUAGCUUAAAAAUAAGUGCCUGCCUACUCACCUGCAGUCUCUCUCAAGCAUGUACACUGCAUCCCAUUCUCUUCUCUGUACUGUUUACAUGUUUCCAGAAGUUAGGGAAAGAGUCCCCUAAUAGGAGCAGUGCAGCAAGGAGACCUAUCAACAGUCCCUCGUGGCACCUGCUAGGAAUGGAGUUACUUUUAAGUGAAUGAACAAUCCCUUUAUUUUAGUGGCCUUUGUAACUGGAGGAUCUGAGGGUUGUGUUCGGUUUCCCUGUGAUUGCAGGAAGCAGACUGCACUGAAAAGCCACUUUCUUAUUGAUAAGGCAUCUCUGCAGUGGUCAGUCUUAAUGAAACAUAUCGAUUCUCCUCCACAUUUUACUGUUGAUUCUCCUCCUGCCUUUCUUUUCAGAUCUUGUUGAAUUAAAAUUGUCAGGAUCUUUAAGAAAACACAAGUUGGAAAAGCUCUUUUUCAUGUGACCCUGCUGUUAGCUUUUAGCUCACAUGUCAUUUCUCACUGACCUUUUUAUCCCUCAAAAAUUCAUGCAAGUUGGCUUCUUCCUUCUAUUCCAAAUGACCCAAACCAUGCACACCUCUACCACCCUUCCAGCAGCCCUUUCUUUCAGGUUGUCUUAGACCCUGAAGAAUGUAAUUUUCAUGUGUAUCCUUCUAAGCAUAAAUGAUCUAAACCUCUGGGUGCUUUUGGUUUCACUGCCUUACUGAUCUCAUGAGAGAUAACUGGCAAGCCAGUUUGAACUGCAUGUCACUGAAAUUCAGACUGCCUUUUUUUUAGUGCCUGGAAAGACAUACAGCCUCACUCCUGUCUUGUGCUGUCUGUUUAAUUGCAUUUUACUCCUAUCACUUGUAUGACAUGCUGAUUAUUUCUUCCUGCAAACCUCACAGUAGCAUAUUCCAAGCUCUUUUCUUGCACUCCAUCUUAUAAGGUGGGUCAUCUUGGAUGCUGUUUUUUGAGUAGGAUUCAGGCAGCAGCUGCUUUAAAGGGACUUAGGGGGAAGUGGCAGGUGGUUUUGAAUGGGAAUCCUACAGGAGGGGUUGAACAGACUUGGUAACAAUGAACUCUUGUGUUAACACCCAUGAAGAACCAGGAAAUCUGCUACCUUGCAACCAUUGGCUUGCCAGAGAUCAGCAGCAAGUAGUUCUGCAGACCAUGAGCUGAAUCAUUCUGACCUUGGAAAUCAAAGAAACCCCUGACAAUUACUGUCCAGUAGAGAUCCACACCAUACCUUCUGUUGGGAAUGUAGAUGUUCUGGAUACAGCUCAAGAGAUGCAUUAUCCAGAACUGAAGAUAAGACAUGAUCAACAGAAAUCUGCCAGCAGGAUGAAGCUCAUCUCUCUUUCCAAGGCAGUGUUAGUAACUAGCAGUAUUAGUCACCUCUGGACCUCAUUGUAAUGUUUUAUCUCUUAGCACAGGGGAGAUGUGCCAGCUGUGAGCAGUGAGAGGACAGCCCCACAGUCAGCUUUGCCAAUCUACCUCUGCCAUAUAUUGGACACUAUCUGUGCCCUUCAUCACAUCUGCCUGAAGGUGCAGACCUGAGAGCAGCCUCACUUUGACCCUGCAGCCCCUGAGGUUGCCAGCAGUGUUGUAUCAAUCUGUGGCUGACUGUUUUCUCUCACUAAACCCUCGACUUGGGUGUCUGUCACUUGUAGAAUGUGCUCAGCCUGCUGCUCAUCUGAGAGAUAUGAGCAGGAGGACUACUCUAGGUGGACUUGCUUGGCAAGGGGGUUGCACUGGAUGAUCUCUCAAGGUCCCUUCCAACCUUUAAGAUUCUAUGACUCUCACUGAGGCAGCUGAAGUGAAACCUUUGGGGCAGUUCAGUUACAUUUUAAAGCUAAGAUACAAACUUGUUUGACGUGAUUUUGGAGGAGAUGUGAUGGAAAGUACUGUUUCAUAAUUAGUUUUAAUUGCCUUUAAUGGUGUUCUGUCCUGUUUGGUUGAAGGGAAAUGGAGUGAUCUGAAAUGCAAUUGAUUCUUUUGGCUGUAGUGCCUUUGCUUCCAGCACCUGCCUUUAAACAGAUGAACGAGAUUUUCAGCUAACUCUUAGCAACAGAAAAUCCUCCCCAGUAUCACAGGUUUCUCUCACAGUCACUACCACUUUGUUUAGCCUGCAUUCAAGAAGGCUCAAAACUGGGGAGUUUAAACCUGUUUGUGGAUGUAUUUUUGGCAUUCCAUGGCAGGUGGUGAAGGGAUCCAAUGUGACACUUGUCAGUGGAGGAUGAGCUCUAACCAAGCAGCGCUGCACUUUCCUUCAGUAGGCCUCAAUCAUAGAAUGGUAGGGCUUGGAAGGGACCUUUAGAGAUCAUCUAGUCUUUCUAGACAUCAUCCAGUCUUUCAGAAUCCAGGGACACACCUUAGUUUUGGCAGAAAUUGUGCCCCAUCGUUGAACUGAAUCAGGUUUAUUUUAGAGAAACCCCGUCUGCACCUUGUAAGUAAAUGAUGGGAGGCUUUAACUGCAAAGUCCUGUUGGGCUGUGAGUCUUCAGUGUGAAGGGAUGAUAAAUGGUGGAGACUUUGACCCAUGGGAAGUGAAAGCCAGAAGGAGAUUAAGGAAUCUUAGAUGGAAGGAGAAUAACAAACGAUUAAGCACAGAUGACGUCAAGCAGCCUCCUGAUAACUGCACUUUAGAUACUUAUGUAAAGAGCUUGAAUGUUUUGCUAUUUAUAUGUUUAACUUCCUCUGCUGACUCUCUGCUCUUUACCAUGGAAGUGAUGUAGACUCUCUUACAUUGGGCUCACUGGAGAUUUUUCAGCUGGCUCUGUUUUUAUGAGGCCAGGACGUGACACAGAUUGGUUUGUACACGAAUGAACACAUUUCAUGUCCAUCUGGAACGUCCUCUGCCAGCUUGGGCCUGGGUUUCUUUGUUCAGUUUCUUGCUCACGACUGCCUACAGCUUCCAAGUGCCUGAUCUCUUUGCCACAAGUGUGUUCUGAGACCUGAGGGUGUGUUUUCCCAUGGGGUCAACGAGACAAGGUCCUUGGUAGGUGGGAGAGCAGCGUGGUGGUUGUUAAAACUUCUCCAGCUGCAGGAGUCACAGAAAUGUAGUUGCCCAGUGCAUGGCUGCCUCUGGUUUGCUCAGAGUAGAGCCUGACUACCCCACAUCCCUGAUGCUGUUGCAUCGUUGGAGGUUUUGGAAGCUGGUGGAGGGGCUUAGCUCCAUGGAGGUGUUUCUUUUCAUGUCUGUAGUUCAGUCCCAGGCAGUGUUAGGGCACAGCAGUCAAACAAGCACUUUAUGCAGAGCCCCCAUUAGUGGAGCUCCCAGGCAGAUUCAGGGCUGGGGAUGUGGAGAUUCACAUGUACAAUUCUGAGGGCAGGGUUGAUGCCUGAACCUCUCACUUUACUUCAGAACUCUCCCUUUUUACUCUUUGAAAGCAUUUAGGUUUGAUUCAGCACAUAAUUGCAGAUUUAAGAAGAACCAAGUCCCAAAUCCAGCUAAUGCAAGACCCCAAACCAGUGCCUGCAGGUUAUUUUUUGCACAUACUUCACCCAAGUUGAACCUUACCUGCUGUUUGGAGCAGACUGUUGAGAUGUUACAAACAUAAGGGGUCUUUGGAUUGUUUGUCCAGAGGAAUAGCUGUAAGCACAAUCUCAGAUUCACCCUUCUUUCCUCAAAGCUCUGGAACAUUUCUCUCCUUCUCCAAAGCCAGUGUUGAACAGGAUGGGUUUUCAAACAUGCUUGUAGCAAGUCAUGUACCAAAAUGUUUUCUAAAUCAAAGCCUUGGUCAACUGCUGCAGAAGAAUUUUGGCUCUGUAUACUGUUGGGGUUUGGAGGAGACAGUUCCAAGCAGCAUCAGCAGUAGUUACUCCUUAGACUGAACAGGAACUGAUUUCUUGAUCUUCCAAACUGGUGUUGAUAUUUGAUGUUGACUAUUGAACCCUGCUCAAUGCACUGAUGAUGUAUCUUGCUGCAGAUGGAUAAUGAUACUGUGACAGAUGAAGUAGCAGUUGACUUGUAAAACACAGCUGCAUUGAGCAAUGUUUAUUGACAGUUUUGAUAUACUGAACUGCUUCUUCGUACCGAACCAGCUGGGAACUAACAUGAGGCUUAUGUGUAUCAGCAUAUCUUGGUUGGCAAAGCACAGGAGCUUUGGGAUAUUUCAUGUGCUUCAUUUGUUAUUCAUGCUGCAGUUGAGCACUAAUUUGUGUCUUUAUAGCUCAAAUUAUUAAAGAACUUUGGUUUAAAUACAA